GAUGUAAGUUUUCGUGUAGUUUGGGUGGUGUAAUUUAACCUAAAUGUGAGUAGAUUCAAAUUCUGCAGGAGGUGAGAUAUAUAUAAAAAGGAUUUAAUUUUGUGGAAUAUUAAGAGUUUCAUCGAUAUCUUCAACGGAUCAACAUGGCAUUCAAAUUCGUCAUUUUCGCUGCCGUUUUGGCCUAUGCUAAUGCUGGCGAUUUGAUCGGCGCACCACUUGCCGCCCCUCUGGCUUAUGCUGCUCCAGCUGCUAUUGCUGCCCCAGUAGUCGCUAAAGUAGCUGCACCAGUAGCUGUAGCUAGAGCUGAACCCUACGACCCCAACCCACAAUACCAAUUCGGCUACGAUGUCCAAGACGCUUUGACUGGUGACUCCAAGAGCCAAGUUGAAUCUCGCAGCGGAGACGUUGUCCAAGGUCAAUACUCCUUGAACGACGCUGAUGGUACCAGACGUAUUGUUGACUACACUGCUGACCCAAUCAACGGUUUCAACGCUGUCGUCCGCAAAGAACCUUUGGUAGCCAAAGCCGUAGUUGCUGCCCCAGCUGUCGCCGCUGUACGUGCCGCCCCUGUUGUAGCUGCUGCUCCUUUGAUCCGUUCAGCUCCUCUGAUCGCUCAACCAGCCCUUUCAGCUCCUUUGAUCCAAUCUUCACCUCUUCUGGCUCAACCAGCAUACGCUAGUUCAUUGAUCCGUUCUGCGCCACUUCUUGCCCAACAAACUUAUGCUGCCCAAGCCCUAGGUGCACCUCUUCUGAGAUCAGCACCGAUUUUAUCUGCUGCACCAGCUUUAGGCUACUCCGCAGCCUAUGGUAAAAUUGCUGGCCCCCUUGGAUAUUCCACCUACAUUCACUGAAAACCCUGAAGACUGUUAUAGAUUUUAUUUAUGUUUUAUGAUUAUGAAUUAAUAAUUAAUGAUUGAUUAUUGUAAUGUAAUAAUCAAUGCUUUGAUAAAAACAUUUCUUACUCAAUCGAUCAUGGCUUAUUCUUAUCAAUCGCACGUUUUUCAAAUUCGAAAAUUUUAUCAUCUGUUAUUCACAUCA